AUGGCUUCAAAACAUAAACAGCCUCUUCUUGAAAUAGAUUUAAAUAUUGAAUUCACACAAGCACAUGUUGAAGAUGGAAGUACUCCAAAGGAAGCCUACAACCAUUUACCGGAUCUUAACAUUGAUGCAGCCGGUGAUUUUAUUCUUGACCUUAAUGUCAUUCCAAGUUCUUCAAUGCAUGAGAUGUUAACACCAACUCAACCGUUGUUGGAUCUAAAUCAAGAGCCAUCAACACUUUGUGAAGAUAAUAUUGAGUAUGUAGAUGUUGACACUGAGAAUAUCAUUGGAGAAGCAGAAAAUCAACAUAAUAUUCAAACUUUGUCCAAUGAAAAACGUAGGGCCAUAUAUCAUACUCUUUUGGAAAAGAGUGAUAAUGGAAAAUUGAAAAAAGGGGUGACAAAUAUGGUGGCUUCAUCAUUUUCGGUCUCUAUGAGAACCGUACAACGUAUUUGGAAACAAGCAAAGGACUUCGGUGAUGUUAAUCAUAGGAAAACGGGAAAUUGUGGACGUAAGAGAGUCCAGAUUGACUAUGAUCGAUUUCGGGAGAUACCUUUGGCUGAACGAACAACGUUAAGUUCAUUAUCUAAUGCCUUGAAAAUAAGUCAAUCUACAUUGUCUAAACUUCGUAAGUUAGGAGAUAUACGACAUCAUUCAAAUGCUAUAAAGCCUUUCUUGAAGGAAGAAAAUAAAAUAGCACGCUUGAGAUUUUGCUUGUCAAUGCUCGAACAUGAUGGCACAACACAUGAUCCAGUUUUUAAAAGUAUGCAUAACAUUAUUCAUGUUGAUGAAAAGUGGUUCUAUAUGACAAAGAAGUCUACCAAGUACUAUUUGGUACCAGACGAGGAAGAUCCACAUCGCACUAUUCAAAGUAAAAAUUUCAUUGGAAAAAUUAUGUUCUUAGUGGCUUUAGCUCGACCAAGAUUUGAUCCACAAGGGAACGAAGUAUUCUCUGGGAAAAUUGGUGUCUGGCCGUUUGUUACCCAAGAGUCGGCUAAAAGGACAAGUGCUAAUAGAGUUGUAGGGACACUACAAACGAAGCCAAUAACCUCAGUGACAAGAGAAGUUACAAGAUCAUUUUUUAUUGAGAAGCUUAUACCAGCAAUAAAGGCAAAAUGGCCAAGAGAUGACUUGAGAAAUCCAAUAUUUGUUCAGCAAGAUAAUGCAAGGCCUCACAUUGAUUAA